AUGAUUGCCUUUCGAUCAUUACAUGUCAAUGCAAGCAGAUUGUCCCUGCUCGCAAACAACAACCGUCAGAUCCUGCUGAAUCAUCAUUCAUUCUCCGCUAAUAGUACUACUAGUAGUUGUGUAUCCUAUUUCUCGACCGAAACUGAUGGUUUCUUGACGGGGACCGUCAAAUUCUUCAUCCGCAAAAAGGCAUACGGCUUUCUCAUUCCAGAUGAUCCGGUAGAGGCUGGCUCGUCGGAAGUCUGGGUCCACAGAACCUCCAUUGACUCACCACAUUCGAGCGACGAAUAUCCAACCCGGCCGUACCUGUACAAAGACGAGCGAGUCAAGUUCCGCGUCGAGUUUGACGAAGAGGGGCGCACCCCAAAGGCCACGGAAUUGACUUUUGAAAAUGGAAAGGCUGUUCCAUUAUUCCGUAAGAAUUACCACCAGUCUGCUAUCAAGGGUGAACAACAAAGACUCGGUGAAUUCCUGUUGGAGAUUAUGAAGGAAGAGGGACUCACUGACGCGGAACAACUAGAGAAGAUCAAGACUGCUGUGGCUGCCACACAAGAAGCGAUUACUGCUGCAGAACGCAACCAAGAGUUGUAUGGGCCUCCAAGUGACGAUCAAGAAGCGUAA